UAAAAGAAAAGAUUUUGAAACGCCGCCGAACUGUUCCUCCUUGUCCUCAUCAUCAGCUCUCGUUUCCUUCAUCUCUGCCAUAAUUAAUAAUCAUUUGGAGGAAUCCCAACACUUCAUCACUAGUGUAUAAAGUAUAAACCUUGGUUAAACCCCAGACACUAAAAAUGGAGGAAGAACGAAAAGACUUAAAUUUAUGUGAAGAGUGCAAAUUCAAGCAUUCAAAAUACAAAUGCCCAGGUUGCUCUUUUCGCUCUUGUAGCCUUCCCUGCGUUAAAUCUCACAAGCAACGAACUGGUUGUACUGGCAAGAGGAGCCGGACUCACUUUGUCCCUAUUUCUCAGUUCGACGAUAAUCAACUCAUCUCUGAUUAUAAUUUGCUUGAGGAGGUGAAAAGGGUUUCUGAAUCUGCUCAAAGAAUGAGAAAUAAGCUAUGCAGAUAUAAUCAUUAUAAGCUACCGUUUCACCUUAGGAGUGUUAGAAGUGCUGCUGCAAGUAGGAGAACAAAAAUUUUGUUUCUUCCAAGUGGCAUGGCAAAAAGAGAGAAGAAUCAAACUCACUAUGAUCAAAGGAAGAAAUGCAUUUACUGGACGAUCGAGUGGCGGUUUCAUUCAACAGAUGUUGUGUUACUUGAUAAUGAAAUUGAUGAAAACCUGAAUAUCUCCUCCAUUGUUGGGAACCAUUUAAAGCCCGGUCCUUGGAAUCAUCAAUUGAAGCGAUUUUGUGAUGAAGACCUGGAAAAUCUUAGGUUCUUCAUCAGGAAAUAUCAAAAGGGGUCAACUUCACCUUUCUAUGAGUUAGAUGUUAAGGUUCCUCUGAGACAACAAUUAACAAAUAGGGUGAUUUUGGAGUACCCUGCCAUAUAUGUGUUUACCCCUUCACACAAUAUUGAUUUUGAAGUCAUUAAAGAUGUUUAUCCCUCUUCUCACAAACCGGACUUCAGAAAUUUUGGAAGCAAUAAUCGAUUAAAGAUGGGAGGUGUUCCUUUUAAAGAGGAAGAAAUAGCCGAAACUGACAGCUCAUUGGCUCCUCAAGUCUUUGAUCUUAUGAAAAAUGAGAGCUCGGUGAACUCAACAUCCCCACAACAGUUCACCAAUCAAAGUAAGUCUGGGAAAGUACCAAAUAGCACAUCAAGGGGAGCUUUGUCUGCAGGAGCUGCAGCAGGAAGUGCCUUCCAAUCUCCUACCAAUAAAGGAGAGCAAUUUGAUGAGUUGGAUUUUGAUUUUGAUCAGGGGUUAAUAGACGCAUACUCAGAUUUGAUUGCAGAAAUUAAUCCGGACGAUUUUCUUGAUUUGGAAGGUCUACUUAACAAGGAAGAAGAAGAGACUGAUGACUUAAAAAACUUAAGUGGCGAUUUUUUCGGUUUGGAAGGUAUACUUAACAAGGAAGAGACAGGUGCAGAGGAUGAAUUAGAAUUAGAGGAAGGAGAGAUUGCAGAAUGAAUUAGUCCAAUGGAAGAAGAUAGAAGUUAGAAAUGAAUCAUUGGUUUGAGAAACAUCACCAAAUUCAUCAAAUCUGUCACUUGAGUGCUUUUCUGAGGCAAUAGAUGAAAUCCUUCAGAUCAAAGAAAUGGAUAUGAGAGAACUCUUUGAUUGCCUUCUCUUGUAAUUUUGCUGUUACUAACUUUGAAGGUUCAACAAUUUUGUCCCUAGAAAAUGAAGGAGCUGUGCUAAUAUAAUAUAUUAUGUAGACAAAACAAAACAUGAAACUAGCAGAUAGUACAACUGAUCAAUUUUGUUGUGUGUUAUAAUUUUAUUGAAUAGUACCAUACAGGGAUUUUUGAAAGCUAGAGGAGCCUGAGUUAUGAUAUGAGUCAUUAUUG